GGCGCCGAAGAAUCUACUCAGCAUUUUUUCUUUGAGUCUUGAAGAAAAAAGACAAAAACCCAAAGAGCAAACAUGGUUGAAUGGACUGAGCAGGAGCGUGACAUCAUCAACAGCAUCUUCUCCAGCCUGGACUAUGAGGACAUCGGCCCCAAGGCUCUGAGCAGGUGUCUGAUUGUUUACCCCUGGACUCAGAGGUAUUUCGGGGGCUUCGGUAACCUCUACAACGCCAACGCCAUCAAGAGCAACCCAAUGAUUGCAGCCCAUGGAAUCAGGGUGCUGCACGGUCUGGACCGGGCUGUGAAGAACAUGGACAACAUCAAGGCCACCUAUGCCGAGCUGAGCGUCCUGCACUCUGAGAAGCUGCACGUGGAUCCUGACAACUUCAAGCUGCUGGCUGACUGCCUCACCAUCGUCAUCGCUGCCAAACUCGGAAGCGCCUUCACUCCUGAGGUGCAGGCCACCUUCCAGAAGUUUGUGGCUGUGGUGGUGUCAGCUCUGGGAAGCCAGUACCACUGAACCCAGAAGCCUCUGCCCUUGAAGAUCAUCUUUGUCUUUGCAGUAAAAUAAAACAAACAAACAAACAAAACAAAAAAA